GUUGGAUGAAAUAUUUUGUAAACAAAGUUCAGUCGUCACCUUGAGCAGUGUUUGUUAACUUUGUAUAUCUGUUAAUCUACUGUUAACAAGUGAGCCUGGCACCAGAAAAUGGCAUUUGUAGUGUCAAUAUUGCAGGUCAUCCUGGUACAAGAGACUGGUAUGUGUAGCAUCAAUACUGCAUUUCAUCCUGGUACAAGAAGCUGGUACUUGUAGUCUCUGCAGUGCAGGUCAUUCUGUCCUUUCUUUAGGUUAUUGUGGAAGAAGCCAGGAAAGAGGAACUUUUAGUGUCAGUGCUGCAUGUUUACUUUUUCAAGAGGUUGGCACAUGUAGUAUCAGUACUGCGGGUCUUCCUGACACUUGUAGUAUCAGUACUGCAGGUCUUCCUGACACUUGCAGUAUCAGCAAUGCAGGUCAUGAUGGCACAAGAAUCUAGCACUUGUAGUGCCAGUAUCAGUGUUAGAAACGUCCUGUAAAUUCUGUAAUUAAUAUAAAGUUACAGCACUAAAUACAAUGAUGGUAAUAUUAUGGCAACACUAACUACAUUGUUAAUAAUAGUGACAAUAACUAUAGUGAAUAAUACAGUGACAACACUAAUUACACUUGAUUUUAGAGUGACAAUGUUGCAUACAGUGUUAAUAAUAAGUGACAACACAAAACUACAAUGAUAUUAACUCAGUGACAACACUUUGUGUAAAUACAGUGACAACACUACAGUAUUAAUUCAGUGACAUUACAGUGUUAAUACAGUGACAACACCAGUGUUAAUAUAGUGACACAACAAUGUUUAUAAUAGUGACAACAAUAAUUAUAGUGUUAAUAGUCACAACACUGUAACAACAGUUUUGGUAAUACAACAUUUACAGUGCCAACAACAGUGCCAUAAGGUUAAUGUGUCAUAAACCCUGAAAUAUCUCUUAGUGUCUUCCUUCAUGUUCCUCAGACACUGUAUUAUGUUCACAUGUUUAGUGCUUCUUAUAUUUAUAAUAAAAUAUUACAAAUAUUUUUUGCAGUGUAAUAAAAUAUUCUACUUAAGUAAUUUAAUUAAUGUCAGAAUAUCAUUUACUCUAUCUAAAAUACUAAAAAAACAAUAUGUUGAAGCAACACUAUGUAUAAUUGUUCAUGAAGGAGACCAUCUAAAUCAACAUUCACAUAAAAACAAAUGUGUUGAAGCAAAACAAUGUACAGUUUCUGUAAGAGAGACACUAAAUUAACAUUCACAACAAAAACAAUGUGUUGAAGCAUCACAGUGCACAGUUGUUAACCCUUUCACUGUUGGUGAUGUAGUGGUACAGCUUACAAGCCAGUGUUAAUGACGUACUAAUACUCCAAAAUUCUAGCAGCUUCAAAUCUAACUGGGGAGAGCUAGUAGAUCUACACAUGAGAGAGUGGAUCUGCGUGGUCAGUGUGUGCAGCAUAAAAAAAUCCUUCAGCAUGCAGUGCAUAAUGAGAAAAAAAAACUCCAACAAUAUUUUUGGCUUAAAACGCCAACUUUGAGGUGGAUUUUCUUGGUCGCAUUUGAUAGAAUGGAAGAUAUGUUAGGGAAAUAGAGAUGAUUUUGAUUGGUUUCAUGAUGAAACAUAUCUUGAAAUUGAGCUUAAUGUAACGAAAAUGUUUGAUUUUUGCCAAUAUUCAAGAGUAGACAAAUGACAUCACCAUCCAAUGUGUCCAACUGGACAGUAUAAUAUGCAGUCACGAAUGGGUUGAUAUUAAUUAUACAAUUAUUACAAUAAUGCAGUAAUCUGCAUAACAGUAAAUCUAUUUUUUGUGUGAAUAAAAAAUUAAUGUCUGCAUUGUUUAUUCUGGACCGUAUUUUGAAAUUUGCAUCUUAUGAAAUUUGUGUGAAAUUGGCCAAACUGCCAAUUUCUGACCACUUUAUUGGGUAGAUGAAAUCGGUAAAUGGGCGGUUUCUUGGAAUUGGGUGAAAAUAGGUCUCAAAGUGGGCAAAAUCGCCAAUGCAUAAAUAUUGCCGAGACCGCUAACUUCACGAGAGUGUAAUUCUGUAAGUUUUCCAUAAAAUUUCAUAUUUUUGGUGUCAAUACCACUGUGAAAAGAUUAUCAUUUCAUAAGAAAAAAUAAUUUUUUUUAAUUUUUCGACACUGAGAGCAAGUUUGUGAGCAGGGUUCUCAACAGUGAAAGGGUAAUGAAGGAGGCACAUUAUAUCAACAUUCACACAUACUAAAACAACUACCUCAUUGUGUAUCUCUGAUCAGAUUUAUGAUGGGCAAAAUAAAAAUUCGGUAUUCAGUGUGUCUAAAAGAGAUUUCUCAAAAAAAUAAUUUAGUUCAAAAUAUGAGAACUCAUACUGAAGAGAAACCAUGUCAUUGUUCAGGAUGUCCAAGAGACUGCAUUGAAAAAUCUUAUUUAGUAAGUCAUAUAAAAGCUCAUAUUGACAAGCAACCAUAUCAGUGUCUAGAAUGUUUAAAAGAUUUUUCUCUUAAAAGGGAUUUAGUAACACACAUGAGAACUCAUAGUGGAGAGAAACCAUAUCAAUGUUCAGAAUGUCUGAAGAACUUCAAUCAAAAAUCACAUUUAGUAAGUCAUAUGAGAACUCAUACUGGAGAGAAACCAUAUCAGUGUUCAGAAUGUCAAAGAGACUUUUCUGAUAAAUCAAGUUUAGUUAGUCACAUGAGAAUUCAUACUGGAGAGAAACCAUAUCAGUGUCCAGAAUGUCUAAGAGAAAUUUCUUGUAAAAGUGAUUUAGUAAGGCACAUGAGAACUCAUACUGGAGAGAAACCAUAUCAGUGUUCAGAAUGUCUAAGAGACUUUCCUCAUAAAAAAUUUUUUGUAAAACACUUGAGAUCUCAUACUGGAGAGAAACCGUAUCAAUGUUCAGAAUGUCUGAAGGACUUUCCUAGUAAAAGUGAUUUAGUAAGACACAUGAGAACUCAUACUGGAGAGAAACCAUAUCAAUGUUCAGAAUGUCUGAAGAACUUUAAUCAAAAAUCACAUUUAGUAAGUCAUAUGAGAACUCAUACUGGAGAGAAACCAUAUCAGUGUGCAUAUUGUCUGAAAGACUUAACUAGUAAAAGUGAUUUAGUAAGGCACAUGAGAACUCAUACUGGAGAGAAACCAUAUCAAUGUUCAGAAUGUCUGAAGGACUUUAAUAAAAAAUCGCAUUUAGUAAGUCAUAUGAGAACUCAUACUGGAGAGAAACCAUAUCAGUGUGCAUAUUGUCUGAAAGACUUUCCUUGUAAAAGUGAUUUAGUAAGGCACAUGAGAACUCAUACUGGAGAGAAACCAUAUCAAUGUUCAGAAUGUCUGAAGGACUUUAAUCAAAAAUCACAUUUAGUAAGUCAUAUGAGAACUCAUACUGGAGAGAAACCAUAUCAGUGUGCAAAUUGUCUGAAAGACUUUGCUAGUAAAAGGGAUUUAGUAAGACACAUGAGAACUCAUACUGGAGAGAAACCACAUCAGUGUUCAGAAUGUCUGAAGGACUUUAGUCGAAAAUCAAGUUUGGUUAUUCACUUGAGAACUCACAAUGGUGAGAAACAAUAUCAGUGUGCAGAAAAAAUAAGAGCAAAGGACAGUUCUGAGAAGAAAAAGAAGAUUUCGACGGAAUUAAAGAAUGAAAUCAUAAAUGAACAUAAGCAAGGUUCGCGAGUUGUGGAUUUAGCCAGUCAAUACCAGCGAAGUACAUCUACUAUAUGUACUUUACUAAAGCAGCAGGAGUCAAUAAGGGCUAUAGCACCAGCCAAGGGCGUUACAAUAAUGUCUAAGCUGCGGACCUCUGUCCAUGAAAAGAUGGAGAAGCUGCUGCUGCUGAUGUGGUUUAGUGAAAAGCAGCUUGCAGGAGAUUCUGUAACUGAGGUGAUAGCAGCUGAAGAAUACUUCCCUCAGCAAGUCUUCAACUGUGAUGAGACAGGGCUCUUCUGGAAGAAGUUGCCAAGAAGGACUUACAUAACUGCAGAGGAGAACAUACCAGGCCACAAACCCAUGAAGGAUAGAAGUUCUUCACCAAGCACCAAUGAGAGUCCACCACCUCCUGCCUCCACCGCCACCGCAACUAUCCAAGCCGAGGCCUUCCCUCGGACAACUCAACCGCCAGCCAAGGAAGCUAAAACACAAGAAGCAAGGUCUGCAACUCCCCACACCGCUACCACUGCUCCACCACAACAAGGAGCCAAGGUCAAGACUGCCAAAACUCAAGAACCAAGAGCUGCAGCUCCCCAGGCCACCGCCAAUCCCCCAUGGCAACAAGAAGCCAAGGGCAAGAGUGGUGGACACUGCACAACCAACCAGAAGAAGAACCCAAUGCAAACUCCAGAAUGUGAGCAGGACAUCAACGACAUUGUGAAACCCAACUUAGAACACUUUGCCAACCGUAUCUACUCCGCCCUCAACAAUGCUGGAAUCGACCACGAAGCACUGAGGAACAGAAUUAUAAAUAUGGCCUGGCAGGGUGUUACAAGGAGGACCUUGAAAUCUGCAUGGAAGAAGCUGUGGCCUGAGGUUGUCUCUGAAAGGGACUUUGAAGGAUUCGAACCUGAAAUGGCAGUGGUGGGCGAGAUUGUGUCCCUCGGAAAGUCCAUGGGCAUGGAGGUGGAUGAAGAUGUGGACAAGCUCAUCAAGGAGCACUCCGAGGAGCUGAUGAUGGAGGAGUUAAAUGAACUACAUACGCAGCAGCAUCACGAAGUUUUGAAGGACAUUCAUACCAUGGAGGAGCCAGAUGUGGAGGUUAUCUCUACAAGUGAGAUAAAGGAAAUGUUGGAAAUCUGGGAGAGAAUUCCAGAGUUUAUUACAACGAAACCCAGAGAAAGUUGCAACUGGUCCGUUGGCAUUGAUUACGAAGGCACUCUCACAGCUGCCCAGCUUCGUGUUCUUAUAAGUAUCAAACUUCGUAAAGAGGAGAUGGCACAUCAAACUCCUCCCUCUACGGGAGCCAGGAGUAAAAACCUGAUGUUCUCGCUGGACGAAAAUGAUACAUCAACUGAGCAAAAAUGUCAGUCUCAUGCGACAGGGUUGUCUGAAGGCAAAUCGGCUGUGUUGUCUUUUGAGUUGGCAAAAAUAAAUCUUGAGCAGAUUAGGGAACAGAGGGCAUAUGCCAAGGAGGAAUCUAAUAGGAAAAAAGAAAGAAGGCGUUUUCUCAAGUUCGUUGGCAUUGAUUACGAAGGCACUCUCACAGCUGCCCAGCUUCGUGUUCUUAUAAGUAUCAAACUUCGUAAAGAGAUGGCACAUCAAACUCCUCCCUCUACGGGAGCCAGGAGUAAAAACCUGAUGUUCUCGCUGGACGAAAAUGAUACAUCAACUGAGCAAAAAUGUCAGUCUCAUGCGACAGGGUUGUCUGAAGGCAAAUCGGCUGCGUUGUCUUUUGAGUUGGCAAAAAUAAAUCUUGAGCAGAUUAGGGAACAGAGGGCAUAUGCCAAGGAGGAAUCUGAUAGGAAAAAAGAAAGAAGGCAGUUUUCUCAAGUUGUAAAUGACUCUAGUUUACAGAAAACUGAGAGCAAGUUUGUGAGCAGGGGUCUCGACAGUGAAAGGGUUAACAAAGGAGGCACAUUAUAUCAACAUUCACACUUGCUAAAACAAUCUUCCUUACAACUACCUCGCUGUGUAUCUCUGACAAGAUUUAUGAUGGGCAAAAUAAAAAUUUGGUUUUCAGUGUGUCUAAAAGAGAUUUCUCAAAAAAAGAAUUUAGUUCAAAGUAUGAGAACUCAUACUGAAGAGAAACCAUAUCAGUGUUCAGGAUGUUUAAAAGACUUUUCUCUUAAAAGGGAUUUAGUAACACACAUGAGAACUCAUACUGGAGAGAAACCAUAUCAGUGUUCAGAAUGUCUGAAGGACUUCAAUCAAAAAUCACAUUUAGUAAGUCAUAUGAUAAUUCAUUCUGGAAAGAAACUAUAUCAGUGUUCAGAAUGUCUAAAAGAUUUUAAUCAUGAAAAGGAUUUAGUAAGACACAUGAGAAUGCAUACUGGAGAGAAACCAUACCAGUGUUCAGAAUGUCAAAGAGACUUUUCUGAUAAAUCAAAUUUAGUUCGUCACAUGAGAACUCAUACAGGAGAGAAACCAUAUCAGUGUGCACAUUGUCUGAAACACUUUCCUAGUAAAAGUGAUUUAGUAAGACACAUGAGAACUCAUACUGGAGAGAAACCAUAUCAGUGUCCAGAAUGUCUAAGAGGCAUUUCUCAUAAAAGUGAUUUAGUAAAGCACAUUAGAACUCACACUGGAGAGAAACCAUAUCAAUGUUCAGAAUGUCUGAAGGACUUUAAUCAAAAAUCACAUUUAUUAACUCAUAUGAGAACUCAUACUGGAGAGAAACCAUAUCAGUGUGCAUAUUGUCUGAAAGACUUUCCUAGUAAAAGUGAUUUAGUAAGGCACAUGAGAACUCAUACUGGAGAGAAACCAUAUCAAUGUUCAGAAUGUCUGAAGGACUUUAAUCGAAAAUCACUUUUAGUAAGUCAUAUGAGUACUCAUACUGGAGAGAAACCAUAUCAGUGUUCAGAAUGUCUGAAGGACUUUCAUCAAAAAUCGCUUCUAGUAAUUCAUAUGAGAACUCAUACUGGAGAGAAACCGUAUCAGUGUGCAGAGUGUCUGAAAGACUUUGCUAGUAAAAGGUAUUUAACAAGACACAUGAGAACUCAUACUGGAGAGAAACCAUAUCAGUGUUCAGAAUGUCUGAAGGACUUCAGUCAGAAAUCAAGUUUAGUUCGUCACUUGAGAAUUCAUAAUGGUGAGAAACAAAAUCAGUGUGCAGAAUGACUUGAAUGAAAAAUCAAGUAUGGCCCGGUGGCCUGGUGGCUAAAGCUCCCACUUCACGCAUGGAGGGCCCUUGUUCGAUUCCUGGCGGGUGGAAACAUUAUGACAUGUUUACUUACACCUGUUGUCCUGUUCACCUAGCAGCAAAUGGGUACCUGGGUGUUAGUCGCCUGGUGUGGGUCGCAUCCUGGGGGACAAGAUUGAGGACCCCAAUGGAAAUAAGUUAGACAGUCCUCGAUGACACACUGACUUUCUUGGGUUAUCCUGGGUGGCUAACCCUCCGAGGUUAAAAAUCCGAAUGAAAUCUUAUCUUAAGGCACAUGAGAAGUCAUACUUGAGAGAGAUCAGUGUUCAACAUAUUUAAAAAAGUUUUUCCAUACCUCUAAUUCAGUAAAUAAAUCAUAAAAGAGUGUAGAAA